CAGAUUCUCGUAAUAUUAGCUGGUCACCAGCGUGAGCAAUGAUAAUCUCUUCUUUUUUUAUUGGUGAAAUAUAUAUUUUCAGCUUUACCAGGUGAAAAGGGAUACUGUGCUCACAUAUCGACACUGUAUGUUGCGUAUGUGUGAGCUGUAGAACCAAAUACAUUAUAUUACAUAAUAUAAUAAUUUGCAUUUAUGUGACGUGAUUUGCGGCUUCCGUUCCACCCGUAGAAACUGUUGCUAAGUUGACAGGUCACCAAGGUAACGGGACGCGGCCUGUUUUGUUGUUUCUCUGUCGCAGUGGUGCAGUUAUUGAUAGAUCAAUGUUCACAAUGUUUUGUGUCUAACUUCUUCUUUUUUGUUCUUUCAAAUAAAAUUUAAAUCGUACCGUUAGGUUUUGUCUGGUAGCUUUUGUAUAUAAAAAAAAUGUCGGAUAUAUUGUGUCAGUGGCUCAAUGUGGAGAUCAAAAUCUACAUGCAACCAAACUCAUUUGCAAAAGACUUUGCCACAGGCUACUUGAUUGGUGAGAUUCUUCACAAGUACCAACUCCAAGACGACUUUGAUAGGUUUUCAAAAAGCAGGACAGCUUAUUCCAAACUCAAUAAUUUUUCUCGUAUGGAACCAACACUCCACUUGUUGGACAUUCCUUUUGAUCUGAACAUUGCCCAGGCCAUCAUGACAGAGCAAUAUGGAGUUGCAACUCGGCUCCUAUAUCAGCUUUACAUUGCACUGCAGAGGAAGAAAAAAGCUAGAUUGACUGGAGUGGCAAUGGAAGCUAUGCGACCAGCAGCACCAGCAAACCUUCAGACAAUUGAAAGUGGUAUCUAUAAAGAGCUCUUAAAAAAAAUAGUUCCCAGAGAGGCAGAUCUGAAACUUAAGCAAGUGUCACAGAGGUAUGAGCAGAAAAGGAAGAAGACUGAAGAAAAGGUUAACCUUGCUCAUUAUGAAGAGCUAAGGAAAAUCCAGAAAAUGCAACAAGAUCUACGUUUACAGGAUAUUGAAAAGGAAGUGUACAAUGAAAUUAGCCACUUUGAGAAAAUGAGGAAGAGGCUGUCUCCCUCUGGUGGUAGCAAUGCUGCACAGGGCAUUCUGCAGACAUCCUUCCAGAGUGAAGGGCUAAGCUCAAAGUAUGUUUCUCCCAGUCCUGAGGAGAAGACUCAUGCUUACAAAGAAUAUAUCCUGAAGAUCCACAGACGGCUGGAGGAAGAUGCAGCUGCCAGAGAACAUCGAGAGAAGCGGAGGAGGAGAGUCCUGCUGGAGCAACUCAAAGCCCAUGAGGCACAAGAGGAGGCAUAUCGGGAGCAGCAGCUUGUUAACCGCUUAAUGAGACAGUCCCAGCAGGAGCGCAGAAUGGCAGUGCAGCUCAUGCAUGCUCGUCAUGAGAAGGAUAUCAUCAGGCAGAACCGCAUCAUGAGGGAAAAGCAGUAUGAGGAGAGGCGGCUGCUGGACUUUCAGGAAGCCCUCGACAGAGAAGCGGCACUGGUGAAGCAGGAAAAGAUUGACUACAUGGAACAAACUCAUAAAGAAACUGAACUUCAUGAUGCGAUUGCUGCAGAAUAUGCAGAGGCUCGUUACAGAAAACAUUUUGAUAUUUGCCAGGAUGUUUUGAAUCAAAUAAUUGACCUGGUUACCAAAGCUGGAGAGUAUCGUGAGCUGACUCACAAUUUAUUACCAGCUAAGCUGAUGCGUGAGUGGAAGGAGCUAUUUUAUAACAGAAAGACAUUGUAUGAAAAAGCCUCUGUUGACCCAAUCCCAUCUGAGCCUAACCCUGAACAGCUGCUUGAACUUGAAAAGCUGCAGAUCCUGGAUGACCAGGAUUAUGAGGAGUUCCAGACCAUGACUGGGGAAUGGGCCCCAUCUGAAGAGUGUGAAGUAAAAGAACCUCCGGCAAACAACAACAUCCUGGGUCAUGUGAUUCGCAGAUUGUUUGACAUCAUAAAUCCACCCAGACCACCAACCCCACCUCCUGAAUUCCCUCCUUUCUCACUGAAGGCAUGUGCUAUGGGAAAACUGUUUGCUGGCAAAUCCACCUGUUUGGCUAAAAUAGCAAGAGCUCACCACAUCCAGAUUCUGUCUUCUGACUGCCUAGUUCAGGAAGCUGUAAAAGCCUUUUAUGACAGUGAAGAGACAGAGAUCAUAACAGAAGAGAAGGAAACUAGAAAAGAAAACCAGCUAACAGCUCGUGCUCAACUUGGUGCAGUCUUGUUGAUACCAGUGAAUUUAAAUCAAGCAAAAUUGUUGGAGAAAGCACUCUCAGGGAUUGACCCUGACAAAGCAGUCUCAAAAAAGAUGAAAAAACGUAAAACAUCAGUAUUAACAACAGACCCAACAGCUCCAAAAGAACCACCUUCUCCUCCUCCUGUUUUGGAUUUGGCAGUCUUAUUUGAUGUGUCUGACAACAUGGUGCUGAGACGAACUGCAGGAAGCACAUGUGGACAGCAAUCUUCUGACCUAUGUCAAGAAGAGUUUAAUCCACCCCCAGAAGGAUCUAUCACAGGUGUUGGAAGCAAAGAAAUGGUUGCUGCAGUAAAGGACCUAUCUCAUGGACAGGAACAAAUACAACAUAGGAUUACUGGUUUUCUCGACACCUGGCCAAAACUCGAAGAUUGGUUUGGAGGACGGCAGAACAUUCUUGUGAAGGUUAAUGCGGAGAUGGAAGAAGAUAUAGUGUGUAAAAAAGUAGAAUCUAUACUGUUUGAAGCAAUGAUCCAGAAGGAACAGAAAGUACAUUGUCAUAAAAGAGAAAGAAAGAAACUACCAAUUGAAGAAGAAAAGAAAGAAACAAUCCCUGCCCCACCCGCACCAGCUCCUGCUCCUACCCCUCCUGCAACCCCAGUUCAUCCAGCAGAGAAACGGCCUAGAUCCAAAUCUCCCAAAGAAUCACAAAGUCUUCCCGGCUCAGCCAAGGACAGAAAGGGGAGAAAGCCUGCAUCACCUAAAGGAAAAGAACCAUCUAGAAAGUCCUCUAAGUCUGGAGCUAGUUGCUCGGGUUCAGGCAGAGGAAGAUCAGGAAAGAAAUCUGAACCCACAACCCCAGUGGUACCCUUUGAACCUACACCUACUGAACCACCACUUCCAAAGCCAGGCUCAGAUCAAUGGGUUUAUGUGGAGGAAACAGUCCCGAAUGAAAUAGCUGAAUAUUUGGUCCCAUACUGGGAGAAUGUGUGCAAUACUUAAAUUAAUAACACCAAGGCUGUGAUGCACAAUCUACGGAUUGAACAGGACUUAAUCAUCCAUUACUUGUUCAAUAUCAGAAAAGAGUUUAAAGAGUAUCUUAAACGCCCUGACCACAAGCAAGAAUUUUUGUCUCAAUGGCAACAUGAGUCCAACUGCAUCUCUGAUGACAUGCGAGAAGAUGAGGAGACAAAAGCAGAACUGCACCAGAGAGCUGACGUACGUGAGUUUAAAAUGCUUGGAUAUAAAGUUGACCAUGGAAGAAAACUUUGGCAAAAAACGCUUGUUUACCUUAUUUAUCCAAUCCAUCUGAUUAUUCAGACACAAGAACGUAAUAAUAUUAUAAACGAUGGUUGGAUAGAAGAUCACACAGGGAUCCUUAUAAACCAUUUCAUUUUGCAGGUAUCAGUGGACCGGUUCCAGGACACACUACGUCUGCUCCGUGAUUACUACAAAGGCAUAGAAAAGAACAUUUUUCCUGAAGCAGGUCAGGAGUUUACAUGCAUCCCAUUAGUAGACAUUAUCAAUGUGAUCAAAAUGGCGAUCUUGAGGUGCCAAAAAGGUAUAAAUAGAACAGAACUUUCUUUCCUAACAUUGAACGUUGUUUCUAGCUUAAACGGUGUAAGAGGAAUAGCGUGCCAAAGAAUAAGAAGAAGAUGUCGAAGAUUUAAAGUGGGGACUCUUGCUUCGCAAGCCCCACUAAUAAUGAUACACUGGGAGUAUAGAAUCCCUCUGGUGCCCAGAAGACCUUUGUCAUCUGAUCAAAGUGGAACAAAAAUAAAAAACAGAACAGCAAAUCUUGAGAGUAAAGAUGAGAUGCUUGUCAGGGACAUCUGGCACGCAGCAUUAACAGCAGUUUCCAAUAUGAAAGUUGAAAGAAUAUUGAAGCUUAGUAUUGACCAAAUCACUGAAAUAAUCCGCCAUCACAUAGAGACAGCAACAAAGAUCCAGAACGAACUUGUUCUCACUAGUAUGGAUUUCUACAUCAAUGGAGAUCUGAAAGUGUUCCCUGACCCUGCGACUCCUCCGCGACCUCCUUCUGUAGAGUUUCAGGUUGAUAGUACUCUCACUAUCCUACAGUUCAGUGCUUUAUAUGAACAGUUCUGCAGAGCAGCACCAAAAGGUCUGGUGUCCAGUAAAGAUUUUACAGAUAUUCUGCAAGCGCUAACAACUCUGAGCCUGGGGAAUGACUUACUUCCUGACAUCUGGAUGCACCUCUCUGCAACACAGAUACAGGAGCUGAUGGCACUGCUAACCCUGGACUCUGAGCUCAUUGACUGGCACAAGUUCCUGUUAUUAGCAGCUCAGCCAUGGCCAUACCCCUCUCAGAGACAGCUCCUUCAGACUUUGGAGAGGUUUAAGGGUCUUGAUACUGAUGGAUCCGGAUUUGUAACAGAAGAACAAUUUAACAAGGCAGUUUUUUCAAGAAAAGUGUUGUUUUGUGUUGUUUAUGUCCUUGGUAAGGAUGUGUAUAUAUCUUGUUCAAACACCUUCUCUUGUAUGAACAAGUAUGUCACAUGCCUUCUUACUGUACAAUCUACCGGUAUAUUAUAUGUUCCUUCAUUGCAGACUGAUGUAUGGUUUACAAGUGACAUUCAAAUCCUUAAUGAUCCAACAGAACCAAUUCCUUAUGACAGAAUGAAAAAGCUGAAAAAGUUUUUCUUCAUGCUGUUUUCUGAUCACCAAACCUCAGUGAAACAGCUUGACUAUGUAAACAUGCUGCUGUACUUUGCUGCACAUCCUGAUCCUGUUGAAGGGUUCUACAGAGCACUAAGUGUCACUACAGGAGAAUACAUCACUGGAAGGAAAACCAGUUCUAACCUCCUUAAGUCAGUGCCAAACAUGGAUGAGAUACCCUCAGAUGAACCACCAGGGAGUCAAACCCCACCUGCAGCGGAUGGAGGGAGAGUGUCACUUGGUGCUUUAUUCAAAGCUCUUUGUCAUGGGGACUUCAAGACUGGAGAUCACAACAGAUUUCAUUCACAGGACAAGACUCAGGCUGAAUACUAUGAGAACAUUAGUCAGAUCUACAAAGAGCUUGGAUAUGAGGAUUCGGAAGCAAUUCUAUAUAAUAUCCUUUCACAGCAUCCAUUCAUGUUGGACCUGAUUGAGAACAACCUUCGAUACAAACUCACAGAUAUUCACAAAGUUCUGCAAAUCCAGCAGAAUGAAGGGGCGACCCAGUCUUCAAGUGCAUGUUAAACAGCCCUGAAGCAGUACUGGGAUAACACAAACAAACAAUAUUAUACAAAUGUAUUUUAUUUAGUUAUUACUUGAAACAUAUUGUCUUGCUUUAUUCAAAAGUAGCAUUUGUAACAGAAAUUAAUAAAAUAAAAUGAAAAAUGUAACU